AGCUGAAUCAGCUUCUUUAUUGUUUCUUUUAUUACGUCUUUUAUUGAUGUUUUCUGAGGCGGCGUCAACCUGUAGGAGCUGGUAUCAUUCGUCACGUUACAGGGAGUGGUACCUCUGAAGAAGACGGAAGAACCCGCCGUCAAAACAUAACAGACUGACCUAGACUCUGCUCAUCACCUUAACGUGAAGAUGGCGACGACAUCAGACCACGUGGUCCCUCUUAGUAUGCUUUCUCCAAAGUUUCUUCACAGCAACUCCACCAGUCACACCUGGCCCUUCAGUGCCAUAGCUGAACUCAUAGACAAUGCCUAUGAUCCAGAUGUCAACGCAAAACAUUUCUGGAUUGAUAAGACUGUGAUCAAGGGUGAAGAAUGUCUCAUCUUUAUGGAUGAUGGAAAUGGAUUGGACUAUGAAACAAUGCGCAAGAUGCUCAGCUUUGGGUACAGUGACAAAACUGCUUUGCGUGGUAAACAGCCCAUUGGAAUCUAUGGGAACGGCUUCAAGUCUGGAUCCAUGCGUCUUGGCCAAGAUGUCAUUGUUUUUUCCAAGUCAAAGAACGCGUCGUGUGUUGGGAUGCUCUCUCGGACCUACCUGGAAAAGACUGCUGCCGAGCAAAUAGUUGUGCCUAUUGUUUCCUUUGAAGAGAGAGAAUCAGAAUCAGCUUCAUUGGCCAAAGAAGAGCAUGAAGCCAGUCUACAGGACAUCCUGCUCUAUUCACCUUUCAACAAGCAGGAAGAACUGCUCAUUGAAAUCAAUGCCAUCACCUCCUCCUGGUCCAAAACCAAAACUGGCUCUCGGAUCAUCAUCUGGAAUUUGCGAAGCACGUCCACUAGAAGAACAGAGUUUGAUUUUCAGACGGACUGUUACGAUAUCCGAAUUCCAUCUGACGUCUAUGAGGAUCUGAAGGAGUCUACUCAAACUCCAGACAAGGUCACAUCACACAUCCCUGAGUGUGUGUUCUCACUGCGGGCAUAUUGCAGUAUUCUCUACCUGAAGCCUCGGAUGCAGAUUGUGGUACGAGGUCAAAAGGUGAAAUCUCAGCUCGUCGCUAAGAGCCUGGCCUGCAUCAGAAAGGACCACUACAAGCCCACUUUCCUGAACAGACGCAUUCCUAUAACUUUUGGGUACAACACCAUGAGUAAAGACCAGUAUGGCAUCAUGAUGUAUCACAAGAAUCGACUCAUCAAAGCCUAUGAACGUGUGGGCUGUCAGCUUAAGGGCAACAACAUGGGAGUUGGAGUCAUUGGGGUCAUAGAAUGUGACUUUUUAGAUCCUACCCACAACAAACAGGACUUUAUGGACACAGAGAACUACAGAAAAACCAUCAACAAUUUGGGGAUAAAACUGGAAGAGUACUGGAAGGAAAUCCGCUACAGGAAGACAAAAGAUAAUCCAAACUGCACCGUACCAGUCGAAGAUACCAUGAAGCAACCAGAUCAAAACUGGGUAAGCUGUGAUGAGUGUAUGAAGUGGCGCAAACUCCCUGAUGGGAUUGACAACAGCAAGCUGCCAGAAAAAUGGUUCUGCUAUUUGAACCCUGACCCUCAGUUCAGGAGCUGCAAUGUAGAUGAGGAGGCCGAGGACUUUGCUGAUGACCAACCGUCAUACACGAAGACCUAUAAACAAGAAGAGAACAAAAAGAAACGAGAAAUGAAAAAAACGACGACUGUUCACUCCCCUUCCACUUCCAGUAGUGAGAUCGCUGAGUCCACUCCGCUAAGUUCCUCCGCCGUUUCACAAGCUGCCUGCAGCCCCUCCAGAAGAAGCAGUGGCCUUCCAGUUAUUCCUGAUGGAGCCUCACUGUCAGUGACCCCCCAAAGGCGAAAAAGAUCACAGGCUGUUACUUCACAAGUAACACAGAAAAAAACGAGAGUAAAUGACCAUAGCAGCGCCCCAGCUACACCCUCAUCAGUAGAUGUGAGGCCUCAUGACGAGAAGGAAAACGAUGAUGAUGACAUUGUCAUCUUGGAGACUGCUAGUACUCCCAAGCCAAAUAAACUUGUCCUUCAUUUUGUGAAGAACGAAGAAGAGUCGAGUGAGAUUCCUAUCAGUAUGGAGUGUGACAACGAUGCUGCUGUUGAUGCCACCUCAGCGAGCAGCCAAAAUCAGGGGAGAGGAUGGGGCCGUGAACUUAGCUUUUCCCUGGAAGCUCAGCACAGACUGCAGAAUCAGUCUGAGGUCAAGGUGAAGAAGGAGGUUUCUCACCAAGGAAGCCAGACAGAAGAAACAGAGGAAAAGAUCGACUACAAAAGUCUGUUUGAGAAGAUCAAAAAGAAAGUCAAUGAACUCAUUAAGGACAAUGAGGCCUUAUUUGAAGCUACUGAGAUGAAGCCCAACAGUGAGGAAGAAGACAGUGAUGAGAUUUCAAUGAUGUUUGGCCGUCUACUACAUGAACUGGAUGAAAGAAACCAGGAGAGGGAUGAACUACGCUCACAGCUGAACAGUCUGGAGGAUCGAAAUGCAAAACUGGAAGCCAAGUGUGAAUUGCUGAAGUUGACUUUGAAGGAUCAACAGAAGGAAAAUUCAGCAGAAGGAAACGAGUCCAUGAGGGGAUGAUCAGACAUGUCCAGGGGAGGCAGGAAGGUUUGUGGUCUCUGGCCCUAAUUUAAACUCUGAAUCAUACAGAAAGGAGGAGGUUACAGACACUCCACUCACAUCUCAUUACAGCAGUUUAUAAAACCCCAAAAUUAUCAGAACAGUGAUGUAAACAUUCAUUUCCUUGCCUAUUUUUCUCCUUUUCUUUUUCCUCUUAGUUUCAGCAGAGCGUAGGGCACCUUCUCGUCCCCUUCGUGCCUACACUGAAGUGGCAGUGAAUGAAUCAUGAUGAGAUCCUAGAACAGGUUGUUUCUGACUCUGUCACAGCUCAGGUCAGAUCAAGAAAUUCUAUUAUGUGAAUUUUCAGCUAAAAUUAAGAAAACAUUUGUCAGUGUGGUAAUAUAUAUAUGUAGACCUGGUUAUUCUUGAUUCAUGAAUGUAAUACAUGUAUCAGCUUUACAACAGUGGUGGAUAAUUUACUGCUUUAAUGCUGUACUUAAGGACAGUUUUGAGAUCUAAUAAUUACAUUUUACUUUGUAGUUAUCUUUUAUAUUAAAAUAUUUUAUGAUGUUUUAAUAUGUCAUGUUAUUUUUGGGCUUUUUUGGACUAUGAAUUCACUAUUUCAGAUUUAACAUAAUAAAAACAUUUUAU